CUGUCAGAAAAUUAAUAAGAAGUGUAGGUAAUCAAAUAAAUUUAGAUUAUAGAAUAGGAGGAAAAAAUAUUAUUGUUGAAAUUGAUGAAUCCAAAUUUGGGAAAAGAAAAAACCAUAGAGGACAUACAGUUGAUGGUGUAUGGGUACUUGGCAUGGUGGAGAGGACAGUAGAUAGAAAAUUAAUCUUAAUUCCAAUAGACAAAAGAGACAAAGAAACGUUACAUCGUCUCAUAAAUUUAUUUGUCAAGAAAGAAUCAAUAAUAUACACGGAUAAAUGGAGAGGAUAUCUUGGAAUUGAAACAGAUGGAUAUAAGCAUGAAACUGUAAAUCACAGUUUACAUUUUAAAGAUCCCAUUACAGGCGUACACACAAAUACCAUUGAAGGUACCUGGGGAGCAUUAAAAAAGACAAUUCCUAACAGGAAUAAAAAUUUUAAUCAAAUAAUACCUUAUCUAAAUCUGUUCAAGUUUAAAAGAAUCUAUAAAGACCAAAGUUUUAGAA